GGCGUGCGGAGACGAGUGACAGGCAGGCCGCUCGCCCAAUGGGAGGGCGGUGGCCGUUAAAGGGCCGGCGGCCCGGAGGGGAGCGCCGGGCGCAGGAAGCCUGACAAAUAGAAAAAUACAACAAAGUGAAGAGAAAAUUUACUUCAUGAGAACUGAGCUCUGCUUUCAUUUGCUUUUAAAUUUAUUUGUAUUAGUAGCUGAUUAGUGUCAGAUCAUCUCUGUGGUCUGCUUGGUGAAAUUACUAGGUUAAGCCUGGAAAAAAUGAAACAGUUAAAAAGAAAAAGAAAAAGCAAUUUUAGUGUUCAGGAAACUCAAACUCUCCUUAAGGAAAUCAGAAAAAGGAGAGAAGUACUCUUUUCGAAGCAACUUAAUACAACAAUUAAUGAGAUGAAACGGAAAGCUUGGGAGGAAAUAGCAGAGUGUGUCAAUGCUGUAGGUGAAGGAGAGCAGAGAACAGGGACAGAAGUGAAAAGGCGAUACCUUGACUGGAGAGCACUCAUGAAGAGAAAACGUCUGAAUGCAAACAUCAAAGUAGUAGGUGCUGGGUUUCACCUUCCUUCAUCCAAUUUAGAUGACUCUCUCAAUGAAGACAUGGAUGAGAAAAUGGGAUUUGCAAUUGAAUCUAGUUUUGAGUGGCAAAAUAUCACUGACUUCAGAGAAGCCGGGGGAUCGUUAACAGAAAUCAAAGUAGAAGAGGAAGAGGAAGACCCGCAGAAUUUUGAAUUUCCUAUUGAGGAAGAAGAAGAAAUAUUGUCAUCAGUUCUACCAGAUUCAAAAAAGGAAAAUGACCUACCAGACUUCCCCCACAUUGAAGAGUUUGGAAAUCUGAGCUCUUCUCAAGCUAGGCUAGCCUAUGAAGAUUCUCACUUGCUUAUAAACCUGGAGAAGCAAAAGGUGGAGCUGGAGAAGCAGCGACUGGACAUCGAGGCCGAAAGGUUGCAAGUGGAGAAGGAGCGCCUGCAGAUUGAGAAGGAGCGGCUGCGCCACGUUGACUUGGAGCGUGAGCGCCUGCAGAUUGAGAAGGAGCGACUUCAGAUAGAGUGGGAGAAACUCAGGCUAGAGACUCUGCAUGCUGAAAAACCUGCCCUGGAAAGUGACCUCACCCAAACUGAAAAACCCAUCAUGCAGCCUCUGGAUCUAGAAACUGAAAAGUUAAAACUUGAAAAAGAACGUUUGCAGUUAGAGAAAGAGAGGCUGCAGUUCCUAAAGUUUGAGUCAGAGAAGCUGCAGAUUGAGAAGGAGCGCUUGCAAGUGGAGAAGGAGCGCCUUCGAAUUCAGAGAGAGGGUCACUUGCAGUGAACAUCUCAGCUAAGGUGUCAACGUUAGUGUUUCGAUGUUUCUAAAUUAGAAGUAGUUCUUUCCUUGAUACUGAAAGUGUCUUAGAGGCUUAACAUUCUUCUGUUCAGAGUUGAAUGUUGAUGUUAAAUUGAAAAAAAAAUGGUGCUCAAUAUGUCAGUGUGCCUACAUAAAUGAUCUUACGUGUGAAAUUGCUUUUCAGUGUAUCAGAACUUAAGUGUUAUGUUCUCUUGUCUUCAGUAUUGUGCUGUAUUAGUUCAGUGUCGUCCUCUCACAGAGGCCUUGAGAAGAGUCCAGGCUGAACCUUGUACUUUUGUCACCGUACUAACAGGAAGGAAGGAUCAGAAUAAAUCAGCUUGCUGUGAGGACAUGGUACUGACAAUAGCCUAUAUGGUAAAGAAGUAUAAUUUCGGCAGAACACAGGAAUACAGAGUCAUUACAAGAGCAAUUCAUUAAAUUUUAUUCCCUCCCCCCUUUUUUUACUCCACCCCCAUAAUUGGGAAAAACAGUUGAAGCGUUAUCUAGAAGUUAAAGUGCAAGUUAAAUUUGUUGCAGUUGUGUUUACUGUUGUUCCAUGGCUUGAACUGAAUGAGAGUGCAGAAGAUAGGUUUGAGUUUUUAUGGUGGUUUUUUUUUUUUUGGUUGACAUAUUCAUUUUAGGCAGUUACACAUCAGCCAUACAUACUAUGAGCUGGCCUGUUGGUUUCACCCCGCCAUUAGUAAUGCUGUGUGGAGUAAAGCACCUGUGUUAGGAUAGCACAGGGAUUUACUGGUGGAUCAGACAUGCUGUCUAAUGAGUCUGUGAUGACCCUCUGUAGGAAAUUGCUAGACCUUGUUUGUUCUUGGAAGGCAGUAGCUAGUGAUAGGAAUCUCAGAAAUGGAGACUGAGCUCAGCCUAAGAACCUCUGAGCUUGAACACUUCUGCACUCAUUGCUGGUUCUGCCUGGCCAGUGCCAAAGUCACAUCUGCAAGGCAGCCAGAAGAGGCUUCUGUUGCUCUCUAUGUAAUGUAUUUUAAUUAGACAAACAGAAAUGAUCAGUGCUGAAGGCUGUUAGUAUUUUUCAUAGGCAGUGUAGUCAUAUAACAAAAAAAAAGCCAAGGAGGGAAGCUUUCUAUUAUUUCAUGUAUGUUUAAAUACCAACUGAGCCAGACUUCACCUUUCUCAUCUUUCUGCAAGUAACUGUCAUGUUAACUCCAUUGAAAAUGUAGAACUGUGGGAAUACUAAGUCUAAACUUAUGUUGAGUGACUUAGGUGAAUUUGUGUGCAAGUAAAUAAUAUUUAUAUCACUACAGGUUUACUUUUAUUCUGCAAAGAUUAUUUUUUUAUUACUGAAACAAGUGUGAUUCUACAGUGGAAAUAAAUUUGACUACUACACUCC